CAACCUCAAUCUUUUGACAGUGGCGUGUUUUGAAAUUCAGCAAAAUGGCACAAGGCAAAAUAAAAGUAAAAACAAAGGUGCCCAACGCAAAAACUAAAAAGCAAAAAGGCGGUGCGAAUACUAAACGAGCCAACCGUCCAGUGCCAAAAAAGAAGUCGGAAGAGACGCAAAGAAUAAAACAGAUCAUCAGUAAAACAGUGAAUAAAGCAGUGGAGGAAGAAAUGAGGAAAAGAUCGGAAAGCGGACAAAAAUCAUUGUCAAACGCACAGAAAGCUGUAGCCGCACAUAAUUCUAAAGCUGGGUCAAGUAAAUAAGUGAAUUGUUGAGUAUUAAGUAAGUUUUAAGCUAAUAAUGUUGUUUGUAUUAAAGGAAAUAAAAC